GAUAACAGCUAACAUUUAUAUAAUGCUUUAAAGUUUGCAGAAUACUUUAGUCAGUUCACUUGAUCCUUAAAUAACAGCCUUCAAAGUAGGCACUUCAGCUAUUUUAUCCAUAUUUUAUAGAUGAAGAAAUUGAGGCUUAAGAUGUGAUUUGCCCAUAGUCAGAUAGUAAAUAUACAAAGCUUGAUUUGAACCCAAGUUUUCCUGAAUUUAGAUAAAGUAUUCUAUCCAUCACAUUUUAUUAUGUGAAGAUAUGAUUUGUUUACAUGUGCUAUUUGUGUAUGAAGAGAUAACAAAUACAUAUGUAGGAUUUGGGGUUGGGAUUGAGUAAGAAGUGAAUCUGGGUAUUAAUAUUUAUCUGUGUAGGAAACUCUUAGUGUAGAAACAUUCCCCCUGUUAUGAAAAUGGACAACAUUUCUUGAACUCACAGUCUUAAUAUACUCAGAUAGACAUUGGCAAGGUCAUAUUCAAUUCAAACAGCACAGAACUGUUAAACAAAAUAAUCAAACAAGAAUUAUAGCUUCUUUUUAUAGUAUAGACCAAGGAAGCUAGUCCUAAUUUUCCUGUUAUUUGAGAACAUGGCCUUUUAAUAUUUUUUUAUGUUAUAGAAUUUAUCAUGUACUUCUUAUUUGAUAGCAUCUAGGAAAAUAUAGCAUGGUCUUUUUCUAGAAAAUAUUACUAUUUAGUGAAAUCAUUAAAUAGAGAAUAAUGUUUAUUAUUUUCUUUCACAGCCCAGCUCAAGUCAUGCUAUUUAAUGAAGUCUCUCCUGGAUUUUACUACCAAUCCCUGCAUCAUUCUCCAUGCCUAACAUGGAGAAAGAAGUAGGAAAAUAAACCAGGCUCUAGGAAAAUGAACUUAUCUGGAUAUGGUGUGGAACUUGCAAUUAAGAGUACUGAGUACAAAGCACUGGAUGAUACACAGGUUAAAGCUAUGAAUAAUACAUUGAUUGAAGAUGAUAAUGAACCAACUGAAGUGCAAGGAUUUCUCUUUGAAAAAUUGAAAAAAAUAUAUCCAGAUCUUAGAGAAAAUCUAAAAGAGUUCCGAAAACAUCUUAUCCAAAGUAGUAAAGAAAUGGUACCUCUAAAGCCCUGGGAGCUGCAAGAUCUUAGUCUUCAAGCAGCUUCUCAAAUUAUGUCUGCUCCAGUUUAUAAGGCCAUAAAAUUAAUGAGAGAUAUUUCUCAAAACUUCCCAAUGAAGGCCAGAUCGCUAUCUAGAAUUACUGUAAAUCAACAAAUGCGAGUGGAAAUAGAAGAAAAUCAAAAGAAUCUCCAUGAUAGACUUGAAAUUGAGCCAGGGGAUGCUCGUCUAUUUAUAAAUGGUCUUCUAAUUGACUUGGACUUUCAUGAUCCAUUUAGUAUUCUGGAUAUGCUGAAAUUAGAAGGGAAAGCAAUGAAUGGCCUUCGUGAUCUUGGGAUUAAAGAAAAAGACUUCAGCAAACUUUUAAAAUUAAAAACACAUCAUAUGGAUGACAACUAUGCAUUAGAUAUUCGACAUGCUUCAAUAAUGUGGGUGAAUAAUUUAGAACAAGAUGAUAUAUAUGCUAUGUGGCCAGCAAGUUGCCAAGAACUUUUGGAGCCAAUAUACCCUGGAAAUAUACCCUCAAUUAGACGUAAUUUUUAUAAUCUGGUUCUUUUUAUUGAUCCUGGUCAAGAAAUUACAACAGAUUUUGUAAAAAUUGCUGAACUGUUCUAUGAGUACAGAAUCCCUCUAAGAAUAGGUUUUGUUUUCAUUCUUAAUACAGAUGAUGUAAUUGAUGGACAUAAUGAUGCUGGAGUUGCCCUUUGGCGAGUUAUCAAUUACAUUAUCGAAGAAUAUAACAUCACACAAGCUUUUGCUGCCAUAGUAAAGAUGUACCAUAAUGUGAAAGAAGGAAACUUAUUAACUGUGGAUAUCAUUAAAAAUGUUGUGCAAAAUACAUUUCCUGAUGCUAAUCUUCAGGAUAUCCUGGGAGUUCAGUCUGAAUAUGACAUAAACAGAAAGGCAGGAAUUACUUUUUAUAAAAAGACUGGACUUGGUCCUUUGCCUCAAGCAUUAUUUAAUGGUGAGCCCUUUACCACAGAAGAAAUGGAUUCCAAAGAAUUAGAUAAAAUCAUUCUCCAAAGGAUCAUGAACACAGCUGGAUUCUUACAAAGGGCAGUUUUUAUGGGCUUGUUAAAUGAUGAGAUGGAUGUGAUAAAUUUUCUCAUGGAUCAGGAUAAUAUCGUACCUCGUAUGAAUCCUCUAGUUUUGGGAAACAAAAGGCAAUACCUUAAUUUAAUAUCUACCUCAGUGACUGUUGAUAUUGAAGAUUUCACUACUUUCUCUUUCUUGGAUUCACAAGACAAGAGUGCCAUAAUUGCAGAGAACAUGUAUUAUUUAUCCAGAAAAGAUAAAGAUGUAAUUUCUGCAGUCACCAUCUGGAUUAUUGCUGAUUUUGAUAAGCCAUCAGGGAGAAAACUACUUUUAAAUGCUUUGAAGCACAUGAAAACAAGUAUUCACACUCGGUUGGGAGUUAUUUAUAAUCCUACAUCAAAAAUAAAUGAAGCAAACACAGUUAUUUCUAGAGGAAUUUUGGCAGCUUUUCUUACACAGGAAAACAGCUAUUUAAGAAGCUUUCUUAAUAAACUGGCAAAAGAAGAAACUUCUAAAGCCUUGCACACUGGAGCAAAAAUAAAGACAUUCCUUCUUCCGGGAAUGGCUGAGAAUGCUUUUGUCAAGAAGUACAAUACCAUUGAAAUGAACAUUUUCCAAACCCAUAAGUUGUUCUGUCAAGAAGUUCUCAAACUGCUUCCUGGGGAAAGGGCUAUUAUCAGCAAUGGGAGGAUCCUAGGACCGCUGGGAGAAAAUGAUUUACAUGCAGAAGAUUUUCAAUUGUUGGAAAAAAUAACAUUAAUUAGCUCGGCAAAGAAGAUUAAAGCCAUUAUUAAGGAUAUAGAAAUCAACCCCAAACGUGGAAGUGAUCUGGUUAUGAAGGUGGAUGCCCUUCUCUCCUCUAUGCCUAAAAGUGAAUCUCGGCAUGAUGUCACGUUCCCUAAAGAACAACACAGUGUUAUAAACAUAAAUCCUCAAGAAAGUGAUAUAUUCUAUGAUGUCAUUGCUAUUGUUGAUCCAUUAACAAGAGAAGCACAGAAGAUGUCUCAAUUACUGGUUGUUCUUGGCCAAGUUGUCAACAUGAAGCUGAAAUUGUUUUUGAACUGUAGGCAAAAACUUUCAGAGACACCAUUGAAGAGUUUUUACCGGUUUGUUUUGGAACCAGAAAUUACUCCAGGGCCAAAUAACAUUCUUUCUUUGGGCCCUAUGGCAAAGUUCCAAGAAAUGCCUGAAUCACCUCUUCUGACUCUCAACAUGAUUACUCCUGAAGGCUGGUUGGUUGAAGCAGUGCACAGUUCCUGUGACCUUGAUAAUAUUUACUUAAAGGAUAUUGAGGGAGCUGUCAGAGCAGAAUAUGAACUGGAGUAUUUACUGCUUGAAGGACAGUGCUUUGAUGAAACUACUGGACAACCUCCUCGGGGACUUCAGUUUACCCUAGGCAUGAAAAAGAAUCCUGUUAUGGUUGAUACCAUUGUGAUGGCCAACCUUGGAUAUUUUCAGUUAAAAGCAAAUCCUGGUGCUUGGAUUCUGAGAUUACGCCAAGGGAAAUCUGAAGAUAUUUACCAGAUAAGUAGACAUGAAGGAACAGACUCUUCACCAGAUGUAGAUGAUGUCAUUGUCGUAUUAAGCAACUUCAAAAGCAACAUUCUGAAAGUCCACGUACAGAAAAAGCCAGAUAAAAUUGAUGAAGAUAUCCUUACAGAUAAAGAUGAAGAAGGAAAAGGAAUGUGGGAUUCCGUUAAGAGCAUCAUUACUGGCCUUCCUACUUACCAUAUGUGGAAGACUCUUCUUUGGCCGAAUUUGUUUGACCAGCUGGAUAGAAUAUUUGCAGGAGGACUGCAAGCAGAAACAAAGGAAAAGAAAAGUGAUUUUCUAAAUAUUUUUUCAGUUGCUUCAGGCCAUUUAUAUGAACGCUUCUUGAGAAUUAUGAUGCUUUCUGUAUUGCGCAAUACAGAAACUCCUGUUAAAUUCUGGUUUCUGAAAAAUUAUCUCUCUCCAACAUUUAAAGAGAUAAUUCCUCACAUGGCUAAGGAAUAUGGAUUCCAGUAUGAGCUAGUCCAAUAUAGAUGGCCCCGUUGGCUUCACCGACAAACUGAAAAGCAAAGAAUUAUUUGGGGUUACAAGAUUCUUUUCCUUGAUGUUCUUUUUCCAUUGGUUGUGGAUAAAAUAAUUUUUGUGGAUGCUGAUCAGAUUGUGAGAACAGAUUUAAAAGAACUUAGAGAUUUUGAUCUUGGUGGCGCACCAUAUGGUUACACACCAUUUUGUGAUAGUCGAACUGAAAUGGAUGGAUACCGUUUCUGGAAGUCAGGAUAUUGGGCUUCUCAUUUAGUAAAAAGAAAGUACCAUAUCAGUGCCUUAUAUGUUGUGGAUCUCAAGAAAUUCAGAAAAAUUGCAGCUGGAGAUAGACUUAGAGGUCAGUACCAGGCUCUUAGUCAGGAUCCAAACAGCCUGUCCAACUUAGAUCAGGACCUACCCAAUAAUAUGAUUCACCAAGUUGCCAUUAAGUCUCUUCCUCAAGAGUGGUUGUGGUGUGAAACAUGGUGUGAUGAUGAAUCCAAAAAAAAGGCCAAAACAAUUGAUCUGUGCAAUAAUCCCAAAACCAAAGAACCUAAAUUGAAAGCUGCUGUCCGGAUUAUCCCAGAAUGGAUAGAGUAUGACACUGAAAUUCGAAAUCUGUUAAAAGAGAUUGCAGUGGGAAAGAGAAAUUCAAGUAAAUCAUCCUCAAAAGAGGUUUUCACUCGAGAUGAACUCUAGCACCUGUGAAAGGAGCCAUGAUAUUGAAAAACGAAUUUGCCAUAAUAUGGAAUAAAGAAUGACAACACUGCAGAGGCUGUGCUUCGAAUCUUUUACUGGAGUUCAGUUAAACAUUCUUCAAUUUUAAAAAAUGAUUAUUUAAAACUCACAUGUAACAUAUUAAGUAAACAAUUUCUUUUAAAAAGAGGCAAACCAUUUUCUAUUUAAUUUUUAAAGCUAGCUUUUCCUUUCAUCUUGGUUUCCUGCCAAGUUUCAGCAGUUUUACUGGAUUGUAAAUGUGUGUCUGAUUGGAAAUAAAACUGGUUCUCCAAAUUGGCUAUUUCUGAUAGCAUUCACACAAAAGGUUGUGCAUAUUUGAACUAUGUAAUCCAGAUUUGUUCAUGAACAAAAUGUAAUUGAUAUUGGAGAAACAUAUUUCUGUAUUUUUUCUUUUUACCUGCUACUAAUAGAAAUAGAACUUAUUAGUAACUUUGGUUAACCAUUCAAAAAAAUUACCAUUUGAAAAAAUGAAUCUCAUUUUUUAUUUUAAUAAUUAUUUUACAAUGUAAGUAAUGUUGCUUUGUAAUCAGCUAUUUUGGAAUGUUUAGUCAUGUGAUCUGUAAUCAAUUAUUUUGAGUAAAUGGAAUUAUUAUGAUGUUAUUUUUAAGUAACAUUUCCUUUCUGAUGUGUAUUUAUAAAGUGGCACUCAUGGGCAGGAAAAAUGAAUCUUAUUUAUUGUUCAUGGAAAAAAAAAA